ACCUGAGGCAUGCUGGUACUCGUAUCCAUGACCUCUCCUUCAGCCAUCACAUGGACGUCUGACUAACUCUUUUGAACAUUCGUCAAAAAUUCAAUGCAAAAUGGACUCAGAACUUCAUCCUCCAAUUUUAUGGGCACAAAGAAAAGACCGCGUUCUCGUAACGAUUUCACUAGAAGAUUGUAAAAACCCUGAGAUCAAGUUAACUGAGACAAAGCUCACAUUCAGUUCCAAGGGUGGUCAUGAACAAAAGCUUUACAAGGUAGAAUUAGAAUUUUACAACGAGGUUGAUCCUAAGGAAUCAAAACAGCUUGUAGGGGGCCGAGAAAUAUAUUUUGACAUAAAGAAGAAAGAUGAGGGACCUUUCUGGCCAAGGUUGCUGAAGGAAACCAAAAAGCCACAUUAUGUCAGAGUUGAUUUCAAUAGAUGGAGGGAUGAAGAUGAUUCAGACAUAGAGGAUAACUAUACUGACAAUAGAAAUUUGGAAGAUAUGAUGAAAAACAUGGGAUCGUCAGGAUUGGGUGAAAAGUUUGAUCCUGGUGAAGCUGACUCAGAUGACAGUGAUGAUGAAGAGCUACCAGACUUAGAAGACUAAAAUUUCCACUGUUUGUUGGUUCAUCCCUUCCCUCCAUAACCUCAAUAUCAAGUUCACUAGCAUCAUAAAACAGUAUUUUAUGCUUUCAGACUUCUAAGAUAUUUUGGAAAGAAGGCAAAAGGAACGUUAGUGUGCUUCUAUGCUCUCAGAUUAUCCCUCAGCGUUUAGACCCUCUUAAUGAUCAUUAACUUUCUCAGUACAUAUUGGUAACUUGUGAGGAAAAAGAAAACAUGCUUUCGAUUAUGUUAGAUGUUAGUAUAUGAUAAGUUAGUACAUGUAUCUUGAGAAUUAUGGAGGUCAGUUUUUGUUCAGGCUUUCAUAGCAGUGCUUCCAUGUCAAAGGUAAAAGAAGCAUUUUUAUCAGUAAGCUUGUACUUGGAACUGUAGUAUUUAUCUGAAGGUAAAACUGGAUUUGGAAGUUCUAUUCAAUGUAGUCUGUCACUUAUAAAGCAGGGUGCAAAAUGUAACCUUACAUGACUGUUUCUCAGCAUUAAUUUUCAACAAGAAGUAUUAAAAAUGAAACAUAAAGUUA